CUAAAUCUAUUUAAGGUUCCAUGUUAAAUCAUUAUACAUCAGAACUUCAUUAGCUUUUCAGUAAAUUAACAUUUCAAUUACCGACCGGCUAAUCAAAGUAGUUAAAGAGAUACAAAUUUCUUUUCCAUUUGAAAAAAAAAUCUACUCUUUCAAUCCAAUUAAUGGAGAAAAUCCUCUAAGAUUUGAAUUUUAUUGGUUUACAUUAAAUAAUUUGGUCUUUUGUGGCUGGCAUGUUGAGUAACGAAAGAAAAAUCUCUUACCAAAAAAAAGGAAAAAAAGAAAAUAGCAUCAGAGUCAGAUAAUACAAACAAUCUACAUGCCGAACUUCCGAAGGCAGACAACUAAAUUGAAGGCCGAAAGCACAUCAAAAGAUAUGUAACAAACUUCUAACAAACUCACAAUAUUUGUACAAACCAUGCAAUAAUUUGCGCACUAAUCUCGUGCAAAAGUUACAAAACAACUUCUUGUACAACUUCAACCUCUCAUUGUCACAUUUAGCAUCAUAGCAUUGAUCCUCUUAGCCAAUUCUCGUUGAUUACAUAAGUAGCUAGCGUUUGUGGUGGUUAAGACUUCGUUCUUUCUUCUCUAGCCACGAUGAAUACUAAAACCGGAGAUGCAAUGGAGCCACCACCACCACCUUCAAAGUUGUGUAGAGAUGACGGUGUGUACUUAACAUGGGAGGAUUUGUGUGUGACGGUUUCUAAUAGAGAAGGCAGUACUAAAAAUAUACUUGAAGAUGUUUCGGGUUAUGCUUGCCCUGGUCAGGUUUUGGCUAUCAUGGGUCCUUCAGGGUGUGGCAAGUCCACUCUCCUUGAUGCCUUAGCAGGAAGAUUGGAUAUGAACACCAAACAAAGUGGAAAACUUUUUGUCAAUGGUUACAAACAAGCUCUUACUUAUGGCACAUUGGCUUAUGUAACACAAGAUGAUGCAUUGGUAACAACCUUAACAUUACAAGAGACUGUGUACUACUCAAGCGAGCUCCAAUUACCGGCAUCCAUGUCAAAAUCCGAGAAGAGAAAGAGGGCAGAUGAUUGCAUAAAGGAGAUGGGAUUACAAGAAGCAAUAAACACAAGGAUAGGAGGGUGGGGGAUCAAAGGCUUAAGUGGCGGCGAAAGGAGAAGACUUAGUAUAUGCAUUGAGAUAUUAACACACCCUAAGCUUCUUUUCCUAGACGAGCCAACGAGUGGGCUUGAUAGUGCAGCUUCAUUCUAUGUUAUGAGUAGAAUUGUAGGCAAUGAAAGAAGAAAUGGGAGGACUAUUAUAGCAUCAAUUCACCAACCUAGUAGUCAAGUUUUUAGGUUGUUUGAUAAUCUUUGUCUUUUGUCUGCUGGUAGAACAGUUUAUUUUGGCCCUGCUGGAGACCAAGCAAAUGAGUUUUUUGCAACCAAUGGUUACCCAUGCCCUUUACUUCAAAACCCGGCGGAUCACUUCCUUGAAUUGAUAAACAAAGAUUUUGAUGAGGAUAUUGAACAAGGGUUAGUCGAAAGAAGAUCAACAGAGGAAAAUGUCAAUAUCUUGUUGGAAUCAUACAAGUCAUCUGAAAAUUACAAACUAGUUAGAGGAAUUAUUUCAACAGUAUGUGAACAGAAAGGUGAAAAAUUGGAGAGGAAAAAGCAUGCUAGUUUAUUUACUCAAUGUGAAGUUCUUACAAGAAGGUCAUUUGUAAACAUGUAUCGUGAUUUAGGCUAUUAUUGGUUGCGGUUUUUGGUCUACCUCAUUUUGGCUUUUGGAUUAGGCACCAUCUUCUUUGAUCUUGGGUAUAAUUACAACUCAAUUCAGGCUAAAGGUUGGUUGCUUAUGUUCGUGUCUUCGUUUUUAACUUUCAUGACCAUAGGAGGAUUUCCCUCCUUUGUCGAAGAUAUGAAGGUGUUUAAACGUGAAAGAUUGAAUGGGCAUUACGGGGCAACAUCUUUUGUUGUGGCAAACACUCUAUCAUCAAUGCCAUACUUGCUUCUAGUGUCUCUCAUCCCCGGAGCAAUCACAUACUACUUACCGGGACUUAAGAGAGAUUACCAUAAUUUUAUAUACUUUGCUAUGAUUCUCUUCUCUUGCAUGAUGUUGGUUGAGAGCUUAAUGAUGAUUGUUGCAAGUAUUGUACCAACAUUUCUCAUGGGCAUAAUCACUGGGGCAGGAGUUCAAGGUUUAAUGAUAUUAGGCGCUGGAUUUUUUCGAUUACCAAGUGAUUUACCUAAACCAUUUUGGAGAUACCCUCUUUACUACAUAUCCUUCACUAAGUAUGCAUAUCAAGGGUUGUUUAAGAAUGAGUUUGAAGGGUUAGAAAUCCCUAAUAAACAAGAAACAAGUUCGGGUUUAUUAAGUUCGAGUUUGAGUUCAAGUCCUACGAUAUCUGGUACAAUAAUCCUCAAGGAUAUGUGGCAAGUGGAAACAAGCUAUUCAAAGUGGGUUAAUCUUGCUAUAUUGCUAGGAAUGGUGGUUUUGUAUCGUUUGUUGUUCUUAAUCAUCAUUAAGGGUUCGGAGAAGCUUAAGCCUGCUAUCAAAGCCUUUGUAAUGAGACCACCAAAGCAAGUGAUUAGUUCAAGUUGAAUCUUUCUAUUAGGGGUUCAUUCAACAUGCAUUGGUAUAAUGGUAUGUACUCAAUUGUUUAAACAGGCUAGUUGUGGUAGCGCUUAACAUUACCCUUUGAAGAAGGUGUCUUGUAUCAAAAUUUGGAAUUUGUUUUCUAAAGUAUGUUUUUAACAAAUUUUACAAAAGUAUGUUAUUACUGUGAAUGAAGAGGAAACAUAGUCAAUCAUAUAUAAUAGUCAAUGAUUAGAUGGUUACUUCUUCAUUCCAAUGUAUUGAGAAUUUCAAGAUUUUGUUCAAUAAUAAGUUGAUAUUGGGCCAUGA